AUGGAGCCGGCACUGGGCAGCGAGCGCCGCAGCCCCCCUGGCCCCGGAGCCCCGCGGCCACCACCGCGGGGCCACGCGCCCUCGACCACCGCCCCCGCCCCUAGCCCGGCCCCGGUGAGCUCCUCAGUGCAGCCGGACGAGGAGCGGCAGCCGCGGAUCAGCGAGAGCGGCCAGUUCAGCGACGGGCUGGAGGAUCGAGGUUUACUAGAAAGCAGCACCCGGCUGAAACCUCAUGAAGCCCAGAACUACAGGAAGAAGGCAUUGUGGGUAUCCUGGUUCUCCAUUAUUGUCACCCUGGCCCUGGCAGUGGCUGCCUUCACUGUCUCCGUCAUGAGGUACAGCGCCUCUGCCUUUGGGUUUGCAUUUGACGCCAUCCUGGAUGUGCUGUCCUCGGCCAUUGUCCUCUGGCGUUACAGCAACGCAGCCGCUGUGCACUCUGCUCACAGAGAGUAUAUAGCCUGUGUCAUCUUGGGGGUGAUCUUUCUUCUGUCAUCUAUCUGUAUAGUGGUCAAAGCCAUCCACGACCUUUCAACAAGGCUGCUCCCUGAAGUG